AUGACUGACGCAAAUUCAGUAGAAUUAUCUAAUGAAAAUACUAAUCAAAAAGAAAAAGAAGAAAUAAAUAUUAAAUCAGAACAGAAAACAGUUAAUCCAACUGUAUCUGACCUUGAUGAUGUGCAAUCGUUUUGUGCUGAAUUUCAUAUCAAAGUUGAAAAUGCAGCUGGUAUUCGUCCAUGGCUACAAUUUAGUGAUACGAAUUUCUCAGAGGAAGUCCUAAAACAAUUUGAAGAAAGUGAAUUUGAUAUGCCAACACCUAUUCAAUCAAUAGCUUGGCCUAUUCUUAGUCAAAAUCGAGAUCUUGUUGGCAUUGCAAGUACAGGAAGUGGGAAAACACUUGCUUUUAUUCUUCCACUUGUAUGUCAUAUUCGAAAACAACCACCACUACAACCCGAUGAUGGUCCUAUGGCUAUUGUCUUAGCACCAACACGAGAAUUAGUACAACAAAUUCACAAUGUUGCACAGCCCUACUUUAAUAUGUUUGGCAUUAAGUCCUUAUGUAUUAUUGGCGGUGAUGAACGAGAAAAACAAAUCAAUGAAAUCGGUGAAGGAAAAGAAGUAUAUAUAUGUACACCAGGAAGAUUAGAAGAUUUUCUCGAAUCAAAAAUAACAACACUUUAUCGUGUGAAUUUUAUUGUGCUCGAUGAAGCUGAUAAAAUGCUUGACUUAGGUUUCGAAACACAAGUUAGAAAUAUUCUUGCUGAUUUUAAAGCAACGAAAUCUGCUGAUGGUGAAGAACAACAAGCACGACAACAAGCUCAAAUGUCUAUGUUUUCAGCUACAUGGCCAAAAUCAAUAAAAUCAUUAGCAGAAGAUUAUCUAACAAAUUAUGUUCAUGCAACAGUUGGAUGUUUAUCCGAAUCUCAUGCUGUGAAUUUGCAUAUUGAACAAAUUGUUGAUUUUUGUCCAAAUGAACAACAGAAGAAACAAAAUCUUUUUAAAAUCCUCGAUGAAGUUUGUGCUUAUGCACCUGAUAGAAAAACAAUUAUAUUCGUGCGAACACGAGAUAAAGUCAAUCGAUUAAGUAAAGAUCUCGAACAGAAUGGUUAUAAGGCUUUACUUUUACAUGGUUCAAAAAGUCAACAAUUGAGAAAUGAAGUAUUGAAAGAAUUUCGUGAAACUCCAAAUGCACUUUUACUUGCAACUGAUGUUGCAUCAAGAGGUUUAGAUGUUGAUGAUGUACGAUUUGUGAUUAAUUUUGAUUUUCCAACGUCAGACGCUGUUUAUAUACAUAGAAUAGGACGUACAGGUCGAAGUUCUCAUUGUGGUACAGCAUUUACAUUUUUCUCAAAUGAAGAUGCUCGGCAUGCGCCAGCACUUAUUCAUAUAUUGGACGAAGCAGGAGCUACUAUUCAUCCUAUUAUACUUCAAAUUGGGCGAAAAAAUGGUUUUAAUAAAUGGGUAACAAAUGUAGGACUUCCUCAAUAUCCUGUUUAUAAUCCCGAUGAAAAUUGGCCUAAUGAAAAUCAUGAUAAUGAUGAAGACUGGUCGAAUGAUAACUAUUAUAAUAAUGAAGAUUUGCCACCUACUUUAAUGAGUAUAGAUUUAAAUUUGUUUGAUGCUAGUCAAUUGCGAGCAGUACCGGUGCCACUUUUAAACUCUAAUGGACAACCGAAUGAACUUGAUGUAAAUACGCGAAUAAAAAAUUUUCAAGAUUAUAAACAACGUUGCCAAUUAUUAGAACGCUUAUCAUGGGACUGUAAUGAUGGAAACUAUUCCAAUAAUCAAAAUGACUAUAAUAAUUAUGAUAAUCAUACUAAUAACAAUAAUAGAUAUAAUGGUGGCUGGUCUAAACCUGGAAGUGAAAAUCAUAAUGGAAGAAACUGGAGUUCGAAUAACAACGAAUGGCAAAAUAAAAAUUAUGAUUCUCAUCAAAAACGUUCAUGGGAUAAUAAUAUGCCUCCUUCCAAUAUGAAUAAAAAUAAUCAAUGGAAUGGAAAUCAUAAUAAUAAUCAUAACAACUAUAGCAACGGACCAUCAAAUUAUGACCAAUGGAAACCUUCUAAUCAAUCCCAACCUCCACAACCACCACUACCACCACAACAGCAUCGCCAACAACAACAACAACAGCAACAACAAAUGCAACAACCACAACAGCAACAGGAUCAACAAUUGUCUGAUCUCGAAACUAAUCCAGCUAUUAUUUAUGCUAAAGCAAGUAGCGAAUAUCAUAUACAAUACAAUCAAUAUACAACGGCAUUGCAACAAGCUAUGGUUGCUCAACAAUCCGGGACGCCAAUAACACCCCAACAACAACAGUAUUUAAUCACUUUUCAACAACAAUUACAAGCGAAACAGCAACAAUUACAAGUGAUGCAACAAGCAGCUAACCUUCAGCAAGCAUCUAUUUUACAAGCAGCCGCUCUUAGUGCUGCUACGCAAAAUGCUUGGAAUCAACAAGCAAACAGUGCGUCACAAGCAAAUCUAUCGAAUGAUUUAUCAAAAUCAACUGCUGAUGCUCAACAAAAUUGGAUGCAACAAUGGGUUAAUGCUGGUUAUGAUGCUUCGCAAAUUGCUGCUUACCAACAAUGGUAUACACAAAUGCAAACAGCAGCAUCAUUAGCUGCUUCGGCGGCUUUGACUCAACCACAAAAUUCAGCUCCAUCUUACAGUGGAAUGCCGUAUUCAUCGAAUAAUAGUAAUCAACAAUCAGCAACGACAAUAUCAGCACCGCCAACUGUUUCAUCAUCAACAGCGAGUGCUGCUCAACGUGCUUAUGCUGCAUAUAGCAAUCGAGCUUCAUCGUCGUGA